GAUCACACUUCCUCCAACUGGAGCAAAAUCACACAAAAGUAACUUCAAAGCGCUCUGAGAAUUCAAAUAAUUUUCAAGUUUCAAUCGAUAUUUUCAUCAGUUAUUCCAUAAUUUCCAAAUUGAAGCUAAAAAUUCUCGAAGAUCUCACAACUUUUCCAGUGAGUAUCGGCAAAAUGAAGUUGAAGAUUAACAAAGCCUCCGAUCUCAGCUCUAUCUCUGUUCUUCCUCCUCAUGCAAGGAGGCCAAGUGCAGUACCAAGUGCAGCAGAGUCUUCCGUCUUCGGGAAAAGCCAAGCGUCACAAGUUCGAUCACAGCAGCAAUCACAACAAUCCUUCUCACAGAUUCGGUCACAGCAGCAAUCACAACAAUCCUUCUCACAGGGAUUUUCAUCUCAGCAACCGAUGUACUCUCAGCUAUCGCAGAGCUCUCUGGAUGAAUUUGCCCCUAAUGAGCAAAGAUUGGGUUCUCAAGAAAGAGAAAAUUCAGCAAAGAGGAUAAGCUGUUUGCCUCAAAUCAACUACACACGAGAAGAGAGUCAAAUGCAGCUAUCUAAACCUUCAGGCAAUUAUAUGCGCAAGUGGUCAGUUCCUGAAAACAAAUCCCAGAUUACUGAAGAACUUGAACACAAAAUUGGAAUGGUAGAGACUUCAUUAAGCAGGCUAGGAAUGAUCUUAGAUUCUGUUCAGAGUGAUAUUAUGCAAGUUAACCGGGGAACGAAAGAGAUAUUGAUGGAGAUGGAAAGCUUACGGCCGAAGUUAGCAGCUCAUGAUGAACUGUUGCAAUUAAUGAACAAGGGGAGGGAAGAUCUGAAAGCUAGCAUGGAAGAGACCUUCAAAUCCAUGCUUGAAGAGCUGAGGGAGAAUAAAUAUCAAGAGAACAUAGGGGAUCUUUCAUCACUGGUUAGAGCUAUGCCCAACAAACUGGAGACGUGCAUUUUGCAACUGCAAAUGGACUUGAGCAAGACCUUGGCUAAAGAGAUUCAGACAGCUUCCCUCCACCCAGAUUGUCCCGGACAAAAACAUGAAACUGCUCUGGCCGUUCAACCGAAAGGUAUCAAUGAUUGUUUCCCUCCCCCUGAAGUGAAGUUUCUCAAGAAUCACCAAGCAUGUCUUUUCACUUCUAGUUCAACAAUGAAUAUCAAAGAUCAGAAAACAACUAUGUUGCCGAAGACUGAAACAGGAGGCUGGAAAACAGUGAAACAUGACCAAACUUGUGUGAAGCAGAAAAUUUCCAGCAGAAGUCACAAACAGAAUAAAUCAUUUCAACAGGAAAGGGAAUUUGGAGUUACCAUUGAAUCUGAUGAGGAUAUUGACACAGGCUUUUCCUGCUUGCUUGAAGAAAAUGGAUCAGGCACAGGGAUUUAUCCAUUAGAGGAUGCAAAGGAAGAGAGUGCACGCAUAUUAAGGAAAGCAAGGAGGCGAAAGAGAAAGCAUUUUAACACUAUCAUUAUAGAUUGAAGGUACACAGUGACAAUUUAUAAUCCGCUGAAUCAAGGUCCUAUGAUUUGACAAACAGUAAAAAUGCAUAAUUGUUACUUCUAUCUUUCCUCAGCCAAUAUAGGAUGUGUAGUUUGCAAUUCGAUUUUCCAUUACUAUUAUUAGGAAAUUCCAGACUGAGCAUUACAUAGAAGCCAAAUCUGUGUUGUUGCUGCAAUACACAGACUUGAGGUGAUUGCAUUAUUUUCCAAGGGGAUGUCAGCAGACUCAGCACCCAUAAAAAUAUGUAAUGCAUUGGGAUUACGUAAAUAAUUACUAGCAAAAAGAGUAUGAUGUUUUAA